AUGAAUCUCAGAAGUCGCACCCGUAGUAUCUUCAAAAUGCCUGAUUUCGAUGCAGAGAUAGACCAGGAUGGGAGCCAUUUAUUAGACGAGGAUCAACAGUCGCAAAUUGUCAAAGAAAUAGAAGACAGUAACUUGAACUCCAAUAGAUUAUAUAGGAUCAUAACACUAUCACUCAUAUCUAUACAGGCUGCUUCUUUGUUGUUCCAAUACAGAAAUAGAGGGACUAUCCUAAACAUCGUAGCACUACUCUUCCCUGUGCCCUCACUGCUAAACACACUCUCUGGGAGAGACUUUAUUACGAUAAGCCACCCAGCAUUGAGGCAUGUACCCGAACCUAGGUCUCCAUUACUUGGCUUACUCUUAAGUGUCUUAUGUUUGCUAUUCUACCGUAAUACAGCUAGCACACGUACAAUCCUCGCAGCGGGGUUUUCAGCUCUCACAGAACUUUGGAUGAGAACUACAGAGAGGGACGCACGAGAAUUGCACAAGCUGAAAUAUGCACAGAAGAGCGCAUAG